AUGGACGGCUUGUCGCAGCCGCCCGAUGGGCUCAUCGGAGGCUACCACGGCCAUAGUUUCACCAUGCGCAUUCUCAUGAUUGUUUUCUCCUCGAUCGCGUUAUACAAUGCGCUUGAGCUGUUCAUUCUCUUGUUCUUGACUUUCCAACACUACCAUGGGCUUUACUUUUGGACCAUGCUGCUUUCCGUCGUCCUGGGCGUGAUCCCGCACACUAUCGGCUACCUCCUCGAAUUGUUCUCAUUGGCCCCGCUGUGGCUGGGUUUGGUCCUUUCGACCAUUGGCUUCUACUUCAUGGUCCCUGGUCAGUCGUUCGUGCUUUAUUCACGACUGCAUAUGGUCGUCCAGAAUCAGCAGGUGCUGCGGUUUGUUCUGUGGCUUAUCAUUGUGGAUUCAAUCCUCCUUCUCAUCCCUACUACCGUACUUACAUUUUCCACGGCUUAUGUCCAGACCGUCCCCAUCAUUCGAGGGUAUAAUGUCAUUGAGCGCCUGCAGCUAGCCUGGUUCUGCGCACAGGAGUUUUUCAUCUCGGGAAUCUAUAUUUACGAGACGGUGAAUCUGCUCAAGAUGAUGCCGGACAAGGAUCGCCGACGGUCAAAAAUCAUGUACCAGCUCUUGGUUAUCAAUGCGGUCAUCAUCCUCCUUGACGUGGCCUUACUAGCCGUGGAGUACACUGGGUUUUAUGCACUGCAGACUACCUUGAAGGCGAUGGUUUAUAGCAUCAAGCUGAAGCUCGAGUUUGCGGUGCUUGGAAAACUCGUUUCGCUGGUGCAAACACAUCGGUCCCAGCCAACCUCCGACGAAACCGAUCAGUACCCCCAAUUCGUGGAUCCAACUCAAUUGACUUCCGAUGUCACCCAUGCCGCUCCUCGGGAAGAAUCUCGCGUUCCUAGAGGAAUGAUGCCAUGGCAAAGCAUCUCCAUGGAAAGCCUGCCAUCAGCGGAGCGACGCGCCAGACUAUCCACCCGCUCUCGGGUAUCCAGUGAUAGCACCCACCCAUCGUGA